UUGUUUGUCCGUGUACCCGGAAGUCUUCCUGAGUGAAACAUGUCCGUGUCAAACAGCUACAAACCUGUCAGUCAUGUCAUCUUUGACAUGGAUGGGUUGUUGUUGGACACGGAGCGGCUGUACACGGUGUCCUUCCAGGAGAUCUGUGACAGGUUUGGGAAGCGGUACACCUGGGACSUGAAGUCCAUGGUGAUGGGGAAGAAGGCUCUGGAUGCUGCUCAGAUCAUCAGGGACACCCUGGAGCUUCCCAUGACGGCCGAGGAACUCCUGGCUGAGAGCAGGACCAUCCAAGAACGCAUCUUUCCCUCAGCCCAGCUCCUCCCAGGAGUGGACAGACUUGUCCACCACCUGAAGAAGCAUGGUGUCCCCUCUGCGGUGGCCACCAGCUCAGCCACUCAGACCUUCCAGCUGAAGACCCUGGCCCACAGYGACUUCUUCGGUCUGUUUGACCACGUUGUCCUGGGGGACGACCCCGAGGUGAAGAAUGGAAAACCUGAGCCGGACUCCUUCCUGGUGUGUGCCAGCAGGUUCAGCCCCCCGGCCUGUCCUCAGAAGUGUUUGGUGUUUGAAGACGCKCCUAACGGAGUGACGGCAGCCCUGGCAGCAGGGAUGCAGGUGGUGAUGGUUCCUGAUGACAACCUGGACCCCAGCCUGACCCAGCAUGCCACACUGAGACUCAGGAGCUUGGAGGACUUUGAUCCACAGCUGUUUGGUCUGCCAGCGUAUGACUGAACCACAUCCUGAAGCAGGCAGGGCUUGGUGUUUUUCUGAGACGGGACAAUCUUUCAUGAACAGGUGUAAAAUCCAUUAUUUCAUCAGCAGUCAUUUAAUGGAGGUGAAUUAUAUUAAUUUAUGAUUUGAUGGUUUACUGCUGGUUGUGAAAAUUUGAUAAAUAUUUAUUUUAAUMUUUAUUUCAAUAAGAGGCAGACUGGGCCACUACAAAGAAACUAAAGAUCCAUGUGUGGCCCUGGAGCCUCAGAUUUCAGCCCCUGUGCUUUAAAGAAACAGUUGUUUUAUCCUGUAAUACAGACAAGUAAUAAAUGCAGAGUUACUGUGGUCCUCUAA